GGCUCUGCAGGGUAACUACGACCGAAUUGUUGCAUCAUUCGAUGAGAUGAAUCUCAAAGAAAAUCUCUUGCGUGGAGUAUAUGCGUUCGGUUACGAAAAGCCAUCUGCCAUUCAGCAACGGGCAAUUGUUCCGUGUUGCACCACUCGUGAUGUUAUUGCUCAAGCCCAAUCCGGGACCGGCAAAACGGCCACAUUUUCAAUAGCUAUUUUACAACGUAUCGAUGAAAAAAAGCCAUGCGUCCAGGCAUUGGUAAUGGCCCCCACACGGGAGCUAGCUCAGCAGAUACAAAAGGUAAUGUGCGCUCUGGGCGAUUACAUGAAGGUGAAGGUUCACGCGUGCAUUGGUGGCACCAGUAUUCGAGAUGAUCAACGGAAACUCGAAGCUGGUGUUCACGUCGUUGUUGGCACUCCGGGACGCGUUAAUGAUAUGAUCAAUCGUGAAAUUCUAACAACGGACGCGAUCAAGAUGUUCGUCUUAGAUGAAGCCGACGAAAUGCUUUCUCGAGCGACUAUGCCAGCCGACGUACUUGACGUUACUGAAUGCUUCAUGAGAAAUCCUAUUCGCAUUCUUGUGAAGAAAGAAGAACUGACACUAGAGGGAAUUCGUCAGUUCUACGUCAAUGUCCAGAAGGAUGAGUAUAAAUUUGAAACGCUCUGUGACCUUUACAAUGUGAUAAAUGUUACACAAUCUGUGAUUUUUUGUAAUACCAGAAGAAAGGUAUGCAUAUUUCGAACCAGAGCAGGUUUGGCAAGUAAUCGAAAUUUUGUUUUCUUGGAAUUUCGUGAGAUCAGCCGCUCAUUAACAAGUUCAUUCCUCACACUCCUAUCAUCCUCUUAA